GUCACAACAAGUCUUUUUGUUUCCAAAAAUAUUAUACUUAUUGUGGUAUAGGAUCUCUAUAAAAGUUCCAUAAUCAAACCUGUGAAUAAAAAGCAACUAGCUAAAAUCUUAUCAUGGGUUGUGAUGGUGGUACAAUUCCACGUCGUGACGAGUUAGUAAGAGUUAAAAAGAAGCCGGAACAAAAAGACAAAGAUGCCGAGCUGGCUGCCUUAUGGAAAUGCUGUGCUAUAACACAAGAAGCCUUACGAGAACCCAUUGUAAUGUGCCACCUGGGAAAGUUGUACAACAAAAUGGCAUUAAUUGAAGCUUUGCUAGAUAGAAGCGCGUUGGCUGAAGAAUUCCGUCAUAUAAAGAAUUUGAAAGAUGUUAAAAAUCUAAGACUUACCAAGAAUCCAGAAUACAAAAUAGAUGAGGACAAAAAAGGAGGUGCAGUAGAUCAUCGUGGGUCACCAUACAUUUGCCCCGUUCUGGGACUUGAAAUGAGUGGCAAGUUUAGAUUUGUUGCUGUAUGGAAUUGCGGUUGCGUAUUUUCUGAAAGAGCUUAUAAGGAAAUUGGUACCAAAAAUUGCCAUAAAUGCACCAAACCCUUCGAGGACGAUGAUAUUGUCAUUUUAAAUGGGACUACAACAGAUGUUGAAUUGAUGCAAGGAAGAAUGGAAUUAAGAAAGGCAAAAAAUAAAGACAAAAAGAAAAUUAAAGUUGAACCAGCUACACCUUCUACAACCACUUCAGCGACUAUUGUUUCCGAUAGUGGCAGCUGCUUAUUAGAACCAAAUAAGAAGGCAAAUAAAAGAACACUUACAAAAACUGAAGAAAUAUCUAAAAAACUCAAAAUUGAAACUGGUGGAUCAACAUCGCUUUCAAAAAUAGGAAAUGUUAUAUCUUCGGGUAAAGUAACCAACGCAGAAGAAGUAAGGAAAAUGACUUCAGAUUAUAGUAUAGCCCAAGAUAAAAAAGCUACAGAUGUUUAUAAAUCCAUAUUCACUACUCAUAAAUCCGAAAAAGAACAGGAGAGGGCUCAUUGGGUUACAUACAAUCCAUUUUAUAACUAAUUUAAUACUGAGAAUAUAAUUAUUUUUAUGUUAAUGGACAUGCUGCUGCAAGAUUGUUUGCACAUUGAAUUGUGGAAUAAUUUAUGUAUAAAAAUAGAUUUAUAAAACUUAGAAUAUUUUAAUUGUAUAUGGUAUAUUGAUUGUAAUAGAAUAUAACAUAAUUUAUUUAUUAAAUGGUUAAUACAAAACUAAUUCAGUAGCAUAGAA